GGCGAACAACCCCUCGGCGACUUAGCCCGACUUUCUUCAUGUCGUGCAACAACGCUUCAACCCCAAUUAUUAUGAGAAGUACGUUGGGUUACUGUCCAAGCUCACGCAGAUUUCUUCAAUUAUGGAGUAUCAAUCCGCUUUUGAAUCAAUUCUCAAUAAGGUUUCCGGGGUCCCCGAACCGACCCUUGUUGCCAUGUAUAUUGCGGGACUUAAACAGCCGGUGCAACAGAAGGUUAACCUUCGGAAUCCUAGCACACUGCCGGCUACGUUCGCCCUGGCGCGUGAACUUUCGGCUUGUCACCAGGAAGCUGCGGCCACUUAUUCUUCUGGGGUCCGGCACCCUUGGCCGCAACGUCCACCAUCUUCAGUUACUACUGGAAUUUUGCCUACCCCCACUGCCGCCCCGAAGCUCAACUCGCCAACCCCACGUACCUCCACUGCAACGACGAACCUGCCUGUUGUCCGCUUGACGAAUGCCGAGAAAGCGGAACGCAACAAGAAAGGCUUAUGUUGGUACUGCGACGAGAAGUGGGUUCCAGGCCACCAUUGUAAGCAUCGGUUCCUGGUCUUUAUGGGUCCUGAUGAAGAUGACAACCCCCUGGACGUUGAGGAUUUUGUUGAUAGAGACCAAGAAGCUGCUGUAAUUUCGGGGGACGUCUCCAACCUCCACUCACUGGCCGACAGCCCCAGCCCCCGUUCCCUCAAGUUGGUGGGGUCCAUCAAGGAGAUGGCGGUUCAGGUGCUCUUGGACGGGGGGAGCACGCACAAUUUUAUUCACCCCGCCGUGGCCGAACGCCUCGCGUUGACCCUCCACUCAGAAACUCUGUUUCGGGUAUAUGUCGGUAAUGGGGACUCUCUAUGGUGCGCCUAUUCCUGCCCCCAAAUGCUGGUAUGCUUGCAAGGUCAUCGCUUCGACGUGGACUUAUAUAUUCUUGAAAUACAUGGCCCCGACAUCAUCUUGGGCAUGCAAUGGUUACAAACCCUCGGCAAGGUGUCGCAUGAUUAUUCACAGUUAACGGUUGAGUUUUCAUGGAAGGGCAGCCCGGUAGUCCUGCGCGCGGACGUUCCUCACCCUCGGCCGAUCUCCUAUAGCCAAUUUUGCACUAUGGCCGCGGCCCCGGAUGUUUGGGAUAUUUAUGAAUUGAUGCUGGCAGAUUCUUCUCCUUGGCAGGAUUCGGCCUCUCCACCUGCGUUUCCAGAUGACAUCCCGGCUCCUAUUCAUGCUAUCUUGUUAGCACAUUCAGAUGUGUUCAAGUUACCGCAGGGGUUGCCACCCGCACAGUAUAAAACGGGGGUCUCCAACCACGCCGCCGAUGCAUUGUCUCGCAGAGAGGAGGAUGGGGAUUCUGCUCUAUUUACUGCCUACGCUCAGCCACUGCCAAACCUCCUCAAAGAUCUCCUGGCGGAGAAUACUACUCUUCCCGACCUUGUCCAGCUCCACGCCAAGGUUCGGGACGGCACAACUUCUUCCGAAAUCUCUGUCCAUAAUGAUCUCCUUUACCAUGGCCAUCGAUUGUAUCUCAAUCCGUCAUCACAGCUACGCAACCCAUUGCUCCAUGAAUUCCAUGCUACACCACUCGCCGGCCACCAGGGAGUUGAGCGGACCUUCCGCCGUUUGGGCGCAGGUGUUUUACUGGCCAUCGAUGCGGCGGGAUGUGCGGCAGUUUUUAGCCUCCUGUGCCGUGUGUCAAGCCACGAAAUAUUCAACCCAACGACCCGCCGGGCUCCUUCAACCGCUACCCAAACCGGACCAAGUGUGGGAAUUCGCUUCAAUGGAUUUCGUCACGGGCUUGCCCCCGUCCCAGGGUUUCACUCACGACCGGGCAACACUUUGUCCUCCUCCUUGCCGGACUGUUUCUUCAAGGGACGACCAUUAUCAACCCCUGUUCUGGGGCUGGGCAGCCGCACGGUCCUGGUAGAUGGCCACCCACAAGAGCAAUGGCUCGUCCGUUGGUCGGAUGGGUCAGACGAUGACGCUACGUGGGAGCCUGUUGAUGACUUAUUGGGCAAAUAUCCAGAUCUCCGCCUUGAGGACAAGGCGGAAGCUAACCCCGGGGGAGUUGAUACGGGCCAUGCAGGGAAUUUGGGCCAUGCGGACGUAGACCACAAAGAGGCUCCUAGGGUUGGACGACCACGACGGAAUGCUGGGCGACCUCGCCGUUUCGAAGAAUACGUUUGAUAUUUUUAUUAUUCCUUUUUAUUCAUUAAUGUAAUAUAUUUGUUUAGGGUACAUGUAACACCCCUAUUCGUAUAACCCGGAAUUACACGAAUUAGGGUGAAACCGGAGUUAAAUAAAAAAAUUGCGCUUGACAUUUGAAAAUGACAAUUACUUAUAAAUAUUAAAUUUACAGACUCUGGAUCGCGACCCAUUUAAAAAUAUUUUCAGAGUAAUGCGGAAGUACAAUAAUAAUUAAAUCAUGACACAUUUAAAUUCUUUG